AUGGAUCUAACUGGGAUACCCCUGUCGAAUAUGCUAUAUAAGCCCCUUUCACCAUCGCCCAACGUCUACAAAUAUUAUCAGUCCAGUCUCAGACAAGAACAUCUUCAUACAUUACCAUUCGAACUUCCCAGACAAGCACUUUUCAAGAUGCCUCAAUCAUCCUCUACCACGCCCCAGGAGAGAGCCCAGCCCUGGAAGGCCAUGCAGGAAAUCCAGAGCCUGUCCAAGCCCGAGGUGUCCGCCGCUGCUGAAACCGCCGACACGGCCGAAGAAGAAGAGCCCUUGAAGCUCAACUUGCUCCGGGCUCAGUUCAACUCGACCAGAUCCAACAUUGCCAAUAUGGAGGAGAAGCACUAA